CAUAACACAAACGCACACAGAUAUCGUCUUUCUCAAGAAAACCCUCGAUUCAUCUUUACAAUCGCCUCUCACGACUCACUGUAAUUUCUUCUUCAAUAUUCAAUCAUGGUGCUCGAGGCAACGAUGAUCUGUAUCGAUAAUUCUGAAUGGAUGCGUAAUGGAGAUUAUUCACCUACUAGAUUUCAAGCUCAAGCUGAUGCUGUUAAUCUUAUUUGUGGUGCUAAAACCCAGUCUAAUCCGGAGAAUACUGUGGGAGUGUUGACAAUGUCUGGAAAAGGCGUUCGUGUUAUCGUCACUCCUACUAGUGAUCUUGGAAAGAUCCUUGCUUGCAUGCAUGGGUUAGAAAUAGGCGGUGAGAUGAACAUGGCUGCUGGGAUCCAGGUUGCUCAGUUGGCUUUGAAACAUCGACAAAACAAAAAGCAGCAACAGAGGAUUAUUGUGUUUGCUGGAGGCCCUGUAAAGUAUGAUAAGAAAGUUUUGGAGAUGAUUGGAAAGAAGUUAAAAAAGAAUAGUGUCGCUCUUGAUGUUGUGAACUUUGGUGAGGAGGAUGAAGAAAAGAAGGAAAAGCUUGAGGCCCUUGUUGCUGCUGUUAAUAAUAAUGAUAGCAGCCACAUUGUUCAUGUCCCGGCCGGAUCUAAUGCCCUUUCCGAUGUCCUAUUGAGUACUCCUAUCUUCACUGGUGAUGGAGAAGGUGGAAGCGGUUUCGCAGCAGCAGCUGCUGCCGCCGCAGCUGGGGGUGUAUCUGGUUAUGAUUUUGGUGUGGAUCCAAAUCUCGAUCCGGAACUUGCACUUGCUCUUCGUGUGUCGAUGGAAGAGGAGAGAGCAAGGCAAGAAGCUGCUGCAAAGAAGGCUGCAGAUGAGUCUUCUAAGCAAGGAGGGGAAUCUACAUCACAAGAUGCAACUAUGUCUGAAAAUGCUGGCACUUCAGCUUCCGAAUCUGAAAAUAAAAAGGAUGAUCUAAUGGAUGAUGAGAAUGCCCUGCUUCAGCAGGCUCUUGCCAUGUCAAUGGAUGAUCCUGCCGCUACUGUUACGACCAGGGACACUGAUAUGUCAGAAGCAGCCGCGGAUGAUCAAGACUUGGCACUUGCUCUACAAUUGUCUGUUCAAGAAGAGGCAAAAGACCAAUCAGGACAGGCAGAUAUGGGCAAGCUGUUGGCAGAUCAAUCGUUUGUGUCGUCAAUUCUUGCUUCACUCCCAGGAGUUGACCCUAAUGACCCUUCAGUAAAAGAUUUGCUUGCAUCAAUGCAAAAUCAGCCUGAGUCUGAGCAGAAGAAAGAUGAGGACAAAGCACCCAAGGAAGAUGACAAGUGAUCUUAUUCGUUCUUUUAUCAGUCUAAUCCCAGGAACAGAUUACUUACGAGUUAUGCUGCAUUCGUUGGAGAUUUCUUUGAUGAACUGUGUAAUGGGGGAUAGAACGCCAUGCGUUAAAUGUAUGAAAUAUUGUUCUUGUUACCAUGGAUCAGUUUCACUUUCGGUGUUUGUUUAUGAACUUAAAUCAUGGUACUCGGAUAAUCAAGUGGUACCUUUAGCCAUACUCGUUUGUAUGUUUUAAAACAACAUUAUGUAUUGUCUUUGAUGAAAUUAAGGUUUACUUGUGUUUCAGCUUUCAA